AUGCGAGAAUUGAUAGAGCAGACGUGUGUGUACAGAUAACAUGUGCGCUAUGAAAUGUGUCACCAGGCAAAGGGCGAACUGGGCCAACCAGAUCUGCUAUCGCUUUCGUUCCUUCCGUCUCCUGUAACACUCAGGUAACGCAGUCAAUCCACGGCACCGGUGGAGUCAAGUCACUUCGGAUUGCAGCUUCUCGUCACGAGCAAAUUCAGUUUUUAAUAGUCAGAAAAGGAUUGGCGUAUUGUACUAUUUACCAGCUUGCGUGGCUAAGACAGGAAAACAAUUGUGGCUGAAAUGGCACAAUGGUGGGGGAUUGCGUUAGCCAUUUUGAUGCUGCAUGCUCCGUUACAUACCUCAGCGGAUUGGACUUUAGUUGUGACGCACUCGAAUGAUUUGUGGUACCAACUGGAUGAGAUCCAGGGAGACAAUACUCCUUGCUACGAGGAUCUGCCGCCACUUACGACACAACCACCCACAACAACCACAACAGUCCCGCCAGAAAUUACCACCACCACUACGGCAACAACUACCCCUACCACUACUACUACCGCUACUACCACUACACCUACCACUACACCUACCACACCUACCACUACAACUGAAACAACUACAACGACAGUUCCUACACAAGGGCCAACCCCUACACAAGGGCCAACCCCUACGGAACCGCCCACAGCAAAAUCAAGAACUGGAAAACUGGCAUCAUUGAAAGAACAAGCAUUUGAAGCGAAACAAAAAAGAAAUGCAAGAUCAAUUUCAGAACCUGUUACAUCAUCAAGACUAACGAAAGCGACACGCUCGAAUGUUCGGGAACUCCGUCAAUCUCCACUAACAACUAAUUCACACAAUAAUAGUCUUCCCCAAAUCAACUCUACCACCUCGUACUUUGCCAACUCAACUAUUCCAUCAAAUGCUGAUCAGGUCAAUUUCACUACAGUCCCUACUCUUUCCCCCGGCGGAAACGAAACUUCUACUUUAACAUCUAGCACUGUCUUAAGCACUACCACCUCAAAGCCAAACUUCGAAAGUCCAAAAGCGUCCCGGCAAUGCUACGGCGGAGUUCCUCGACACCUGACAAAAGUCACAGAGCUGAAGACGGAGAGCGAAUCGAACGGCAAAGUUUUCUUGCACUUGAACGCCGGUGGAAUGUUGGGUGGUUACAUCUGGUACCCAAUCCUCGGAGCAGGCCCGGCAGUCGAGUCCAUAAAAACGCUCAACUAUAAUGCGGUGGCACUGGGCUAUCGCGACUUCGAAGAUGGCGUACCUGAAACCGUGAAAUAUCUCCAGGCGUUGAAGGACGCCGGUGUCACGGUGCUCUGCGCCAACAUGGACAUUUCCGGUGAACCCUCGAUGCGUGAUUUGUACAAGAAAUCCAUGGUAAUCAACAUAGAUGGUGUCAGGAAAAUUGGAAUUAUCGGCUACAUUGGGCAGGAUGCAGACUAUAUGGCGGACACGGGAAAAAUCAAAUUUACAGAUCCAGUUGCCGCUAUUGAAGCUGAGAUCACAUCGCUGUAUAAUCAAAAGGUUUAUUUCGUCAUUGCGCUGGGUAGCGCCGGAUUUGAAAAUGCCAAACUUUGGAUGGACAGAGCCUAUAGCGUCGAUUUGUUCGUUAAUGGUGGCAGCAAUACUUUCCUAUAUAACGACGCUGCUGUUGGGCCUCUUAAUGAGAAUAUUGCAGGGCGGUACCCAAUUGAGAGCUACAGCCAAGGCUCGAAAAGACUAUUCGUUCAGACAUCACGUUAUGGCAAAUAUUUGGGUAAAAUCGAAAUGAAUAUCAACGACGAGGGUAGAAUCAACAGCUAUGUGGCAACUAAUCCAUUUCUUUUGGAUUCAAGCGUGACAAAAAAUCCUGAUCUGCAGUACAAGGUUGAUCAGUGGGAACGAGAAGUAUUGACCCAGGCGAAUGAGAUCAUCGGUUAUACUAAAAUCCCAAUUAUUAGCGAUCGGAAAAUUUGCUGGUACACCGAGUGCACCGGUGGAGCUUUGAUGGCCGAUGCGGCUCGCGCUUUUUUGGAAAAGAACACGACUGCUGGCAAUGGAUGGUCCGAAACAGUGGCCGCAACUGUCUGGCAUGGAGGAGCGCUAUCAGAUACCGAUCUUGACAUCGGUGCAGGUCCCAUCACAUUCGGAGACAUUUUGACUAUGUUCCCCUACGCCAAUGUUGUUGUGAGAGCAUUGAUGUAUGGUCAGCAAAUCAUCACACUGUUUGAAGAAUCGGUCAGUUACUAUAACGACACGACUACACCCAACCGCGGCGAGUUUCUUCACGUGUCCGGCAUGCGAGUCGAGUACGAUCUAUCAAAACCCAGCGGUUCGCGUGUGGCCAGUAUCUACAUCCGCGAUACGAACAACCCGCAAGGAGGGAUGGCUCCAAUUGUAAACAACCAAGUUUACAGAAUUGGUAUGCCCUCGUUUAUCGCCAACGGUGGCAGCAGAUUUUCGUCCAUGGAAGAUUUUGCUUUGAAAAACAGCACUGGCGUUCGCGAUGAAAUUUUUCUCCGAGAGUACAUAAAAAAAUUAACACCACUGACUUACGGAAACGAAGGGAGAGUGAAAUUUAUCUCAAACACUGACAACCCAACGGUUUGCCCGAAUACGAACGUCACUGGAACAGUAUUUUUGACUAUCUUCUUGACGCUGCUCUUCUCUGGUAUGGCUUUUGCCGCUUACAAAUUUUUAUGGCCAAAACUGCGAGACAGAAGAGGAUCCCUCUUAUCGUUGGUUCGGUAGGCUGUGUGAGAAUGUGUGGCUAACAAAUCGGUCGCGGGUUUUUUCUUUCACUAUCUUCUGCACUCUUUUUGCCUGACUGAAGCUUUGAGUCACAAUGCUCACCAAUAGCCUAAAUGAUUUUACAGGAAAAAGAGAGACUAAUAUUUGUUAUUAUUAUUGCUGUAUUUUUUCCCCCAAAUUUUUUAUAGGAUGAGUUCAAUACCCACUUAGAUGUUCAUCACCCACAUAAUUUCAUUAGUUUAUCCUACUUCUACCCGAUUCCGAAAUUUUCCCGUUUUGGUGCUUACGAGUUCAGUUAUUGCAUUAUGGUCCACAAUAUUGCCUUUAUUUUACUGGAACCCACCAACAUCCUUGAAAAAGAACUCAACCUGUAUCAAUUUGAAAUAAAAAAACAUUUGUUUAAAUCAUCAAA